GCAGCAGCAGAGGUAUGGAGAGUGAAUGGAAACGCGGGGUCCGUGUGGGGGGCGUUUAUCAAGGGUCCCAGUGUUGGAAGGUCCAGGGCCGUGAGGUAAACUGAUCCCAGAGCAGCGUGACUGGUGAACAGUGCGCAUCGAGAGUCAGCUGGUCAGUCAUUCAGCGAGCCCGCUGCUCAUCGGACAUCUGAACCGCUUUGAGAUCAGAUUAGUGACGGACUGGUGGCUCUAAUUUUUGACGGGGAUCACAUGAGGAUUGGACUUGAGCUCCCCUGAGUUGUGUGCGGGUGUCUGUAUGGAGAGGCAGGCGGUGCAGCGGGCCAAGGAGGCCUUCCUGAGCGGCAGGGCUCGACCCCUAGAGUUCAGACUGCAGCAGCUUCAAGCCCUGCAGAGGAUGAUCAUGGAGAAGGAGACAGAGAUCUCCACUGCCCUCAAACAGGACAUCAGCAGGAGCCAGUACGACACACCACUACUGGAGCUGAUUGGCAUUGAUAAUGAGAUCAAGCUGGCUAUAGAGAAGCUGGCAGAGUGGGCAGCUCCUCGGCCCGUGGAGAGGAACCUCCUCACCAUAUCUGACGAGGUCUACAUCCAGCCUGAGCCACUGGGAGUUGUGCUCAUCAUCGGUGCCUGGAACUACCCCUGGGCCCUCACCCUCCUGCCUCUGGUCGGGGCUAUUGCUGCAGGCAAUGCAGCUGUGGUGAAGCCGUCAGAGCUCAGCGAGUACUCGUCCCUCCUCCUCCGGGCGCUGCUGCCUCGCUAUCUGGACAGGGACCUGUACCCAGUGGUGACAGGUGGAGUGUCGGAGACCCAGGAGCUGCUGAGGCUCAGGUUCGACCAUGUCUUCUACACAGGCAGCAGCUCGGUGGGUAAAGUGGUGAUGGAAGCCGCAGCUCGCCACCUCACCCCAGUGACCCUGGAGCUGGGAGGAAAGAGCCCCUGCUACAUCGACAAGAACUGUGACAUUAGAGUCGCCUGCCGUCGCGUCACGUGGGGAAAGUUUGUCAACUGUGGCCAGACGUGCAUCGCUCCAGACUACAUCCUGUGUGAGCCCUGCAUCCAGGGCCGGGUGGUGCAGUGCAUCCGACAGACUCUGCUGGAAUUCUACGGCGCUGACCCCAAGUGCUCACCCGACUACGGCCGGAUUGUCAACCAGCGCCACUUCAACAGAAUCAUGAGUCUUAUGGAGGGCUACACUCCUGUGGUGGGAGGACAGAGCGACUCCUCGCAGCGAUACAUAGCCCCGACGGUGCUGAAGGAUGUACCCCCCCAAUCCAGGCUGAUGCAGGAGGAGAUCUUUGGCCCCGUGCUGCCCAUAGUAACCGUGAGCGACAUGGAUGAUGCCAUCAGCUUCAUCAACGAGAGAGAGAAACCUCUGGCUCUCUACAUUUUCUGCUCCGACAAGAAGGCAAUUAAAAAGAUGAUUGAGGAGACCACAAGUGGAGGAGUGACGGUCAAUGAUGUCAUGAUGCACUACACACUCAGUUCUCUACCGUUUGGUGGCGUUGGUCAGAGUGGUAUGGGCCGCUACCACGGCAAACACACCUUCGACCAGCUGAGCCACCUGAGGGCGUGCCUGGUCCGCUCACUGGGCAUGGAGAACCUCAACCGGGCCCGGUACCCGCCCCAGGACCGCCGGCGGGCGCGCAAGGUACGCAUGGCCCUCAAAACGCCUCUGAUCGACAUGUCCAAGAGGACGCUGGUCUGGGCCGUCAUAGCCACCAUCAUCGGCUGUGGCCUGUCCAUCACCCUGCUGGUCAUCCUGCUCAUCGCUGCAGGCCUCAACUGCACCUGUUGGUACUGGAGGGGAUUUUAUAACUAGAGACAAUACAGCUCCCUUCACAAGAUGUAUCCAAAGAAGGUGCCCGUUGGAAGGACUUCAGAAUACACAUUGAAUCUUGUUUUAUAUUCACAUAUUUUGAAGGUAAAAUCAUAAUGGUAACCUCCUGAUUUAACAUUCACUAGUUGCGUAUCCCGUUUGUAAAGUUUUCUGUGCCUCAUUCGUCUGCAUUGUUAACAGGUUAGCAUUCACUUCUUGAGGAAACGUGUGUAUUUCACUCACUUUGCUUCAAAAUUAAAAAAAAUGUUUGUAUAUCA